CCCAGGUAUAAAUUCAGUACCGAUACACCAAGAUUGUAAGCUAAGGUCAGAAAAUUAGUUAGAAGAUGAAGUUGAAUUAUAGUCAGGGAGAAGAGGGACUUGAGUUAUAGAGCUUGUGCGUCUCUGUAUGGCAGUAAGUACUCUCUGCUUACUCUGAGAUCAGUUAUUAUCAUUGUCCCUUAGCGAGUCACUCGACCGUAUUCUGGCAAAGGCUUUGAAAGAUCGAGCUCAUAUCUGAAGGCACUAUAGAGGGAGAAAAGUAAGAGUUGAGAAGUGAGCGUAAUAUAUUGUGAGCCACCCAUAAGAUAAUCAAGUGAAGGGAGAGGCGUAGGCUGUCUUUUAUAAAAUGGGUCAUUCUAGAUUUCCUGCUCCACAGUCAGUUUGGGUUAUGGUUUGCCUCUAUAGUUUCCUCUUCUUUGUUCAAGUUGCUUGGGCAGAGAAACGAGGUGGGUUCCAUUAUCAUGCACUGGAUAUCACAGCUCGGCUUAGAGAAGUGAGUUCCCCCCCGCUGGAACUAUAUAAGACCUGUGAAAAAGAAGAAGAAGUGGGUAAAAAUCCAUGGAGGCUGCAAAUUUUCCAUAGAGAUAGUCUACUGGGGGGAAACGUGAGCUAUGAGCAGAGGUUUAGAGAGAGGCUAGAAAGGGAAUCCCGCCGGGUGAAGGCGCUCAAUAGGCGGGUAGAAAUAAGCUUGAAGGGAAAGAAGAAUGAAAGAAUGGUAGAGCACAAGGCCAAGAUUGAGGAUUUCGGAGCCGAGGUGAUGUCCGGCAUGAUGGUGAACAGUGGGGAGUACUUUACCCGCAUAGGCGUGGGAACGCCGGCGAAGGAGCAGUACCUGGUGUUGGACACGGGUAGCGACGUAGUGUGGGUGCAGUGCCAGCCAUGCAAAGAUUGCUACGACCAGACCGACCCUGUCUUCGAUCCCUCCUCCUCGGCCUCCUUCACCUCGGUCUCAUGCGGUUCAGCGGUCUGCAGUGAGCUGGAGGAGUCCGACUGCAACAGCCGCGGGUGUGUGUAUCAGGUAGCUUAUGGAGAUGGGUCUCACUCCAUCGGGAGCUUCGCUACGGAGACGCUCACAUUCGGGAACACGAGAGUUCAGAACGUAGCAAUCGGGUGUGGGCAUGAUAACCAGGGCUUGUUUGUGGGCGCCGCCGGGUUGAUUGGUCUCGGGGCGGGGGCCUUGUCGUUCCCUUCUCAGCUCGGGUCAUAUGGUACCAAGUUUUCCUACUGCCUCGUCGACCGUUCAUCCCAAUCCUCGGGAGUAGUCGACUUCGGUCCUGGCUCGGUUUCACCUGUUGGGUCCGUCUUCGUUCCGCUUCUCCGAAACCCACGAUUCAGUACGUUUUACUAUGUUCCACUGACGGCCAUCAGCGUCGGCGGGUUGCUCGUUUCUCUUCCGCAGAGGGUGUUUGAGUUCGACGUGACGGGUGAGGGAGGCGUGAUAGUGGAUUCGGGCACGGCCGUCACGCGGCUGCAGAGCGAUGCUUACGAAGCCGUUCGUGAUGCCUUCGUGGUGAGCACCCAACAUCUUCCCCGAGCCGAAGCGAUGUCCAUGUUGGACACAUGUUAUGACUUCUCUGGCCUCCAAACUGUCAGUGUUCCCACCUUGAGUUUUCAUUUUCUCAAUGGGGCCGUUUUGACUCUCCCGGCUGGAAACUAUCUUACUCCUGUUGAUAUCGUGGGGACAUUUUGCCUGGCUUUUGCACCCACUGCGGGUAGCCUGUCUAUCAUAGGCAAUAUUCAGCAGCAAGGUGUUCGAGUGUCUAUUGAUUCUGUCAACUCUCUCGUUGGCUUCGGUAUGAACCAGUGCUAGUUUGUUUGAGGAUAGAGAGGCUUUAACCAAGGAUUAGUUCUGCAACUUAGAGUCCUCUGAUUCGGCGUUUUGUCGCUGUCCGUUGUGUUUGGCAUGUAUUAUAAACUAUUAUUAUAAUUAUUGUAUGACGUAACAUGUUUUUCUCAG